AUGAGCACUUCCGCCAACACUGCCCAAUCUCUGGCGCAGACCAGCAAAGACCAGAUCCCCACGACCUCUGUCGAAGCCGCCGUCCUGGCUAGCAGCACCGCCACCCCUUCUACCAAUUCCAACGAUGCCUCGCGAGGACAGCCCGCCGCCGCCGCCGCCGGUGCCUCCGAACUCGCCAGUACAAAGAUAACUCUGCUCGGCGCCCUCAAGAGCUUCCCGGACUUCCCGAUCCCCGGCAUUCAGUUUAUCGACAUUCUCCCUCUGUUCCAGGACCCUGCAAUCCAUACUGCGCUGUUGCGCGCCCUCGAACUCCAGGUCCUCGAGUUUGCCGAGCACUCGAAGCCUGAUGUUGUAGUGGGGUUGGAUGCGCGGGGCUUCCUGUUUGGGCCCUCGCUCGCUCUACGUCUCAAUGCGAGCUUUGUGCCCGUCCGCAAGAAGGGCAAGAUGCCAGGCCCUUGCGUGACAGCCGCCUACGAAAAGGAGUACGGAACCGACUUUUUCCAAAUGCAAGAGGGUGCGGUGAAACCCGGCCAGAAAGUCCUUGUGGUCGAUGACAUUAUUGCUACUGGCGGCUCCGCUGCUGCUGCUGGCUCGCUCGUUAAGCAGUUGGGUGGCGAUCUGAUCGGCUAUCUCUUCAUUCUGGAGAUCCCCUUUCUCAACGGCCGCUCCAAGCUCGACGGUGUCCAGACGGUCACUCUCCUCGAGACGGACGAGUAA